AUGAAGAAUAUGAAAGAAGUCAAGAUUGGUCGGAAGAUUAAUAUAACUUCCGGAUCAGGUAAAGGAAAAGUUAAUAUUAUUAUAGAGGAGGUAUCUGAAUUGAGUCCUGAGUUGACUGAUAAGGAAAAUAUUGAGAAAGAGAAAAGAGAUAAAGAUUUGGAUGAUCUCAAUGCAUUAAAAGAAAAUUUGGAUGCGGAAGGUGUUGAACUCAAGAAUGUUGAACAAAUUCUUGCGAGCAAGAAAGCGUUAUUUCUGGAAUGGACACUUGAUCAGAUGCAAGAAGAAGCAAUUGAUGAUCUGAACUUAUUUUGUUUGGAACCAAAGACAUCCUUUGAUACUAACAAUGAUGUUGAGUUUCAAAUGGAUAUUCCGAUCACUCUCAUAGUUUUUCUCUUCCAAUGCUUUGAAAAUAUAAGGAAAUUUCCUUUAUCGAACACUGUAACGAAUAAGAAACUAUUUUCGUUUUAUCUAAAGUACUCCAAGCCACAAUACAAAUCAUGGAGUUUGAAGACGGUCGUAAGGCUCAAGGUUGGGCUUCCUGAAUAG